AAAUUCCGUGACCCAGAAGUACUUUCUCAAUGUUGCUGACGAGACACUGAUUGGAGUUGGGAAGUGGAAUUUCAGUGAAUCUGCAGCCCAGAGUUAUUGCCUUCUCGCUAAUAAUAAUACAAUAAGAAAAGGGAACAAACGCAUGAUCACAGUAUUUGUCGUCUGUCUGUACUGUAUAUGUGUGCUCAUGUUAUAAGAGCGAACAGAAUUUAGAAGGAUGAAGCUCAAAGAGAUCAACCGCACAGCCAUCCAGAGCUGGAGCCCAGCACAGCACCACCCUGUGUACCUGGCAGCAGGUACGUCAGCCCAGCAGCUGGAUGCCUCCUUCAGUACCACUGCCUCUCUGGAGAUCUUUGAGCUGGACCUGGCUGAGCCUUCUCUGGACAUGAAGCUCCGCGGAGCAUACUCCUCCUCUCACAGAUACCACAGGCUGGCGUGGGGUCCCCACGGCAUGGAUGAAGAGGGUCUCCCGUCCGGAGUGCUCAUUGCAGGGGGCGAGAAUGGUGACGUCAUCUUGUACGACCCAGCCAAGAUCAUUGCUGGAGACAGUGACGUUGUCAUCGCUCAGAGCAACAAACACAUUGGGCCGGUCAGAGCCCUUGAAGUCAACUCCUUCCAGACCAACCUGGUGGCUUCAGGAGGUAACGAAUCAGAGAUCUACAUCUGGGACUUGAACAACUUUGGCUCCCCGAUGACACCAGGCCCUAAAACGCAGCCACUGGAGGACAUCAGCUGUGUCGCGUGGAACAGACAGAUCCAACACAUCCUGGCUUCAGCCAGCCCCAGCGGCCGCGCCUCCAUCUGGGACCUCCGCAAGAACGACCUCAUCAUCAAAGUCAGCGACCACAGCAACAGGAUGCACUGCUCGGGGCUGGAGUGGAACCCAGAGGUAGCUACUCAGCUGGUGCUGGCCUCAGAGGAUGACCGGAUGCCAGUGAUCCAGAUCUGGGACCUGCGUUUCACCACCUCCCCUCUCAAAGUCCUGGAGAACCACACACGGGGUGUCCUGGCCAUCGCCUGGAGUCUGGCUGACCCUGAGCUGCUACUGAGCUGUGGGAAAGACAACAGAAUCCUCUGCUGGAACCCCAACACUGCAGAGGUGCUGUAUGAGUUGCCUACCAGUACCCAGUGGUGCUUUGACAUCCAGUGGUGUCCCAGGAACCCAGCGGUGCUGUCGGCAGCAGCCUUCGACGGACACAUCAGCGUCUACUCCAUCAUGGGGGGCAGCAGCCAGGUUGUCAGCCAGACACAGGCAGACACAAUCAGCAUGUCGUUUGGCAACAUGGAUCCGUUUGGAAUGGGCCAGACCCUGCCCCCCCUGCAGCUUCCCCAAGCCUCCCCCUACACCAUCACCCCCCUCAAAAAGCCCCCCAAGUGGAUCCGCAGGCCCGUGGGGGCCUCCUUCGCUUUUGGUGGUAAGCUCGUGUCGUUGGAGAACAUUAAGCCCAGCCCCCAGCACCCUCAGCAGCCCACUGCCCAUGUGGUUCACAUCAGUCAGGUGAUCACCGAGACGACCUUCCUGGAGCGCUCGGCCCAGCUGCAGGCCACGCUGGCUGCAGGCAGCUUCACUGACUUCUGCCAGGAGAAGAUCGAUGCUGCCCAAAACGAGUUUGACAAGACCGUCUGGUCCUUCUUGAAGGUGAACUUCGAGAAUGACGCUCGUGGAAAAUACCUGGAGCUUUUGGGAUACAAGAAGGAGGAGCUAGCAGCAAAGAUUGCAGCAGCAUUAAAUGGAAAACCUAUUCAGCCCGAGGAGUGUCUCUCCUCUCCUGCUGCUGAACCUAUCUCUGAACCUACCUCUGAACAUGAGCCUAUCUCUGAACAUGAACCUGAGGUUGAACCUGAGCCAGAGGCAGUGCCUGAACCCAGUCCCGCUCCCCAGCUCAGUGCUGAAACCCCGGUUGAGCCUGAGGUCCUUCCUACCGUGCCUGAGCCUGCUGCUAUCGACCUUACCCCCGAACCUCCUCUUGAACCCGCCCUCCAGCCCAAACCCGAACCUAAGCCAGAGCUUGCCACCUCACCCUGCAGUGACCUUUCACCUCCUAUGCCUGUCCUCCAAUCUGAGCCUGUCCUUACUCUUGAUCUCAGCGCUGAACCCCAGUUUCUUGCUCCUGUUGCUCUCCUGCCAGAGUCUGACCCUACUUUGGCCCCCCUCAGCUCUGGCCCCCCUCAGCUCUGGCCCCCCUCAGCUCUGGCCCCCACCGCUCUGGCCCCCACCGCUGACCUGCAGCAAGUAUCUGUGUUUGAUGUACAGCAUGUAUUUGAAUUUGACCAGGCGGACCUAGCCUCUGAGUUUGACCACUUUGGCCUAAUGCCUCAGGUACAGCCCCAGCUACAGCCUGUACCUGACCUCACCAACCUGCAGCCAGUACCCAGCUUUGACCCGAUGCCAUCAGUCCCCACCCUGCAGCCUCUAGCCGACCCUGGACGACUCCGCUCUGCCGACCUCCCACCUGAAGACGCAUUUGACCUCAUCGCUGCUACAAAUCUCCAGCCAGCAGCAGAACUGGAACUCAAACCUGCUCCAGAACCGGAAGAUCCGUUUGACCUCAUCACUGCUGCAAACCUCCAGCAAAUAGCGGAACUGGACGUGACCAAGUCUCUGGAACCAGUGGAAGUAGAAGUGGACCUGACAGAGUCUCUGGAACCAGUGGAAGCAGAAGUGUACCUGACAGAGUCUCUGGAAGCAGAAGUGGACCUGACAAGGGAUUUGGCCCUUGAGGCUGAAGCUGAGCCCAAGACCCAGGAAGAGAUGCCAGUAGUAGAAGAGAUUACUCCGAAGGAGGAGGAGGCAGCACCAGUGGAAGCAGAGGCCAGCCUCCCUGAGGAAGAACCAGAACCAGCUCCAGUCCAAGAGGGUGUUAACCUCGGUGUCAGUCAAGGCAUGGACGGCCUGAUCACCCAGGCCCUGCUGACCGGGGACUUCCAGGGCGCCGUGGAACUCUGUCUCCAUGACAACCGCAUGGCCGACAGCAUCAUCUUAGCCAUCGCGGGAGGGGCGGAGCUUCUGGAGAAAACACAGAGGAAGUACUUCACCAAGACUCCCAGCAAGAUCACCAAGCUGAUCAGUGCAGUGGUGAUGAGGGACUGGCGUGACGUGCUGCAGACCUGUGAGCUGCAGAACUGGAAGGAGGCUCUGGCUGCAGUCAUGACCUACGCCCAGCCUGAUGAGUUCUCCUCUCUGUGUGACCUGCUGGGCUGCAGACUGGAGGCUGUGGAGGACAACACGAUGCAGGCUCAGGCCUGUCUGUGUUACAUCUGUGCUGGCAACAUGGAGAAACUGGUGUCCUGCUGGACCAGAGCACAGGACAGACACUGCCCUCUGUCUCUGCAGGACUUGGUAGAGAAGGUGGUGAUGCUCCGCAAGGCGGUAGAGCAGACCCAGGACCCUGGUCCCUCUGCUGUGGGGUUUCUACUGGGAGAGAAGAUGAGUCAGUAUGCCAGCCUGCUGGCCUCCCAGGGCAGCCUCACCACCGCCAUCGCAUACCUGCCACAGAACACAGAGCAGGUUGCAGUGCAGCAGCUGCGUGACCGUCUCAGCAGAGCUCUGGGCCAACAGGCUCUAGCUACAGCCCUGGCUCCAGUAGCCCAGGUCCAGCCCCAACCCCCAACCCCCUUCUUUGCCCCCAGCCCACCGAUGCCCAGUCCAGGCAGCUCUUCACCCCUGCCCAGCCCUAUGGUGCCCCAGCUGCCCGCUCCAGCACCAGCCCGUGUAGCCGUCGCUGCCCUCGCACCACAUCAGUAUUACCAGCCGGUGAGGUCUGCCUCUACAGUGACCUCCUGGAGUAACCAAACUCCCACAGCUCUCCCCAGUGUCCCUCCUUCUCUAGGCCCUGCCACCACAGAGCCCAAGGCUGAGCCGACACCCCCCAUGUAUGGGACGCCUCCCCCUGGGUCAGCUGCCCCCCCAGCCUCCUCGGCCGCCGCAUACCCCCCCAUGUUCUCACAUCAGUACCAGUCCUACCCUCCGGCCAGCCAGUACAACCCUGGCACUCUUCAGUACUCUGCUCCUCCUCCUCCCUCCUUCUCCUCCUCCUCACCUCAAACCCCAGCUCCAGGCUUCAUGCCCCAGUACACUCAACAACCCCUCUACCAACCUCCUACCAUGGGCCAGCCUCUGUCUUCCGCUCCUCCUUCUCAUCCUCCUUUCUCUCCUACUUCCUCCUUCUCGCCUCCUCUGUCCACUGGAGCGUUUUUCCAACAUGGCGGGCCGGGGUCGCCUGCCUCGUACAUGCUGCCUCCUCCAACCGGAUCCUCAGGCCCUCAGAACGGCUGGAAUGACCCUCCUACCCUGAGCAGAGUGCCGAAGAAGAAGAAGGUUCCAGCGAACUACAAUCCUCCUGCCCCCAUCACGGCCCCCAUCUUUUCUCCCCUUGGUGCCGGGGACCCCCAGCCCAUGGCCCCAGGCCAAGCCCAGAACCAGGAACCAUACCAGGGCCCCCUACCCAUGAACCCUGGCAUGCCCAAGACACAUGGAGGGAAUGUGGAGGGAGCGCCCGGAGCCCCUACUGCAGAUGUCAUACAGGCAUUGCCGCUGCAGUCCAUACCUGCUGAGAAGGUCACUAAGAAGCCCAUCCCUGAGGAGCACCAGGUCCUGAAGAACACCUUUGAGGGCCUCAUUCAGAAGUGCUUGGCUGCUGCCGCAGACCCCCAAACCAAGAGGAAGCUGGAUGACGCCAACAAGCGCCUUGAGGCCCUCUACGACAAGCUACGUGAGCAGACACUCUCCCUGGCCAUCGUACGAGGCCUGCACAACAUGGUGCAAUGCAUCGAGUCUCGCUCCUACAUGGAGAGCCUCAACAUCCACACACACAUAGUGAGUAGCAGCAACUUCAGCGAGACGUCUGCAUUCAUGCCUGUGCUCAAGGUGGUUCUGACACAAGCCAACAAACUGGGGGUCUGAGCAGGAGGAGAGACCCUCCCCCACUCCUCUGAGUCUGGGGUGAGAUGGAGAAGGAUUGGGCAGGGAUUGAUGAGGUCAUAAAAAAAAGACCAGAAAGUCAACAUGCAAGCCAGGUGUUUUGUUUUUUUGUUGUACUUUUUACCCCUUUUUUCUCUCCAAUUGGUAGUUAGUCUUGUCCCAUCUCUGUAACUCCCGUACGGACUCGGGAGAGGCGAAGGCCGAGGGCCAUGCGUCCUCCGAAACACCACCCUGCCAAGCUGCGCUGCUUCUUGACACACUGCUCACUUAACCCGGAAGCCAGCCACAGCAAUGUGUCAGAGGAAACACCGUACACCUGGCGACCAAUUUCAGCUUGCAGGCGCCUGGCCCCCCACAAGGAGCCGCUAGAGCGCGAUGGGACAAGGAAAUCCCGGCCUUCCAAACCCUCCUCUAACCUAGACGACGCUGGGCAAAUUGUGCGCCGCCUCAUAGGUCUCCCGGUCACGGCCGGCUGUGACACAGCCUGGGAUCGAACCCGGGUCUGUAGUGACACCUCAAGUACUGCGAUGCAGUGCCUUAGACCACUGCGCCACUCAGGAGGCGCGAGCCAGGUGUUUUAAUCAACUCACUUUAGUGGAAGUUCCAUUUGGCUCUCAGUGCAGAUAUUCUACUUCCUCAAGAAUCAUGAUAUUUAUGACAUCACUGUUGGAAUUUUUCUUCCCAUUCCAGACUGAGUCCCCUCCCCUCCUCCCCUUUUACAACUCGAACACAAGCCAUGCCACCGGUAUCACAACAGUACAGUAGACACGUGCGGGGAAAAGGACCAAGAUAUAUUGAUAUAGCCAGUCUUAUCAUUGUCACAGGGGUAAUGUGUUCAAAAUACAUGUAUUUUAUGUUGUUUUAAGAUCUUUGUCAUUCUGUUUAAUUUACUUGUUUAUUUUCUAUGUAAUCAUGGUUUUCAGACAGCGCAGAGUGCAAUGGAGGUUCCUCCCCUUUUAACCAGAGACUGUACUUUAAAACACAGAAACCAGAGACUGUACUUUAAAACACAGAAACCAGAGACUGUACUUUAAAACACAGAAACCAGAGACUGUACUUUAAAACACAGAAACCAGAGACUGUACUUUAAAACACAGAAACCAGAGACUGUACUUUAAAACACAGAAACCAGAGACUGUACUUUAAAACACAGGAGGAAUGCAUGCUAAGACAUUAUGCCUGGAAUCAUUGUCAGACUGUUUUAAGUGGGUAUUAUUAAUGUCAGGUUCAUGACGAGGGGACUGGCUUUCUAAUAAUGGUGGUCAUGCCAUCAUGGGCUUAACGCCAUAGUUUUGAUUUGUUUCUUCUCUGUUCUUGUCUUCAGUAUGAUUAAGGCUGUAGAUUAAACAGUCUAUUUGUCUAUUUUAUGUCGGUAAGAAGAGAAAGACACUAAUAUUGAGAGGAGGACAUUUUUUAAUCAACAACAUUACAAUAUUUUCAAUAAAUAGUAUUUAUUUAAAACAUGCUGCUUUGUCAUUUUAAAAUCAGUUGCUUUGAGAGGUUACUAAAUGUUUGUCAUAAACAGCUUGGAUGUCAUGUUUUAAUAGACAAAAUUUCUUUACGUUUACAAAUACUGACCAAUGAAAAAAGAUCUAAUCUCAUGAAUCAACUGGACAGUUAACUUAUCUCAUGUCCUCCUUGUGCUCUAUGGAGAUGUUCAUCUUAGGAGUGUCUGGAUGUAAUGCCAGUGUGUUGGAACGGAGAAUGAUGGAUGUGUCUUGACUGUAUGGCUCCAUCUUCAGCCUUGACCUGAUGGCUGAAGACAUAAAGGGACUUUUUCGUAUCUUGAAUUUGUAAUUUCUUAUGUAUUAACAAAAUAAAGAUGGUCACUAUUAGCUUUUA